AUGUCAACCAAAAAGACCUAUAAGCAAGCCUGCGACAACUGCCGCCGCCGCAAGAUAAAGUGUUCCCGCGAACUCCCAUGCGACAAAUGUCAACGGCUACUUCUCUCCUGCUCAUAUAGCGACGUCCUCCGCAGAAAGGGCCCCAAAUUCCGCACUCUCUACCCCCUAGCCCCAAUCCACCCUCUCAUCUCCCGACUCGACCAUCCCGAGCACCCCAAUCCCGACGCAGACGGGUCCGGCCCGGAUCUGGAAGAGAUCCCGGACUACAUGUUCAAGAACUCCCCCAUCUCCCCAGAGUUCAUAAUCACCGACUCGCAGUUCGUCGGCCGAGACUUCUCAGAUACAUUCUCGCACCUGCCACCACCGGAACUCGUCUCCUCCCCCGGCUCAACAGACUCAACAGUCGAAUCUGCCAUCGGCUACGGCUACAACUACCGCUAUGCCAGACCACAACCCCCGCGGCUGUCGCCGCAGAUCCUCCUCGCGCACGUCAAUGUCUACCUCAAGUACCUGUUCCCAAUCAUGCCUGUUGUUCGCGGCGACCAGCUGCGGCUGGACUGCCAUGCGCCGGAGCAGCUGACUGCCCGUCGGUAUGCAUUUCUUGCCUCGUUGUGUGCGGCAACGCAUAUCCAGCUAAAGCUGGAUGGGACUGCGCCGGUGACGGAUUCGGCGCAGCGGCGUAUUGGGGACGGGCAGUCGUUGAUGUCUGGAGAGGAAUUGCUUUGUGAGGCUGUGCGGGCGCGAAGGGAGGUUGAUGUUUUGGAGGAGGUUGGGACCGAGUCGCUUUUGACUUCCUUCUUUUUGUUUGCUUCGUAUGGGAAUUUGGAUAAGCAGGAUCAUGCUUGGUUCUUUCUGUGCCAGGCCACUUCGUUUGCGUUUACGCUUGGCUUACAUCGGGAGGGGACGUAUGCUGAGUUCGAGGCUGAGGAGGCGGAGGAGAGACGGAGGAUUUUUUGGCUUUUGUUUAUCACGGAGAGGGGAUAUGCUCUCCAGCAAUCGAAGCCGGUUAUGCUGCGCAGCUCGAUUCAUAAACCUCAGGUUCUUUGCUCGGAGGAUCCCAUCUUGGCUUAUGGGUUUAUCAACUUGAUCAACAUCUUUGAGAAUCUCACCCCCAGUCUUUAUGACUGGAUCUCGGCUGGUGGCGGGGAUGGCAUCUUAGAAAGACCGCCCACUUCUGCCAUCCAAUCGAGCCUGUGCAAGCCUAUCUCUCUAGACGGAGUGCUCGAGAUCCAGCAGGUGGAUAUCCUGAUCACACAGCAGUGGCUGCAGGCAAUGAUGUGGAAGCUGUCUAUGAGCCAUGCCACGCAGAGUGCAUCGCGUGAUGACGCAGUCUUACCAUUUCAUCUCCCGGUGGUGGUAGGCAAAGCCGUGAUGAGUGUGAUCGGGGCAGCCUCCCAGGGAGCCGUCGACGCCCAUGGAAUUGGAAUGGAACAAAAACUCUUCGACCUGGGCGUCUCCGUGGCGGACGUGGCAAGAUCACUCGGACCAAAAGCCGUCCACAGACUAGCCGAGUCGACUAUUGAUCCAAAUGAGUUGCUGUGGGGUAUUCUGCACACGCUUUCUCAAAUCCGCGGCUCCCCUUCUUACCUCUUUCCGACCUUGUUGGAGCGCUGCAGGACCGUGCUUGGACUCGACUGCACGAUCACCGCGGGGAACUUCCUUCCUAUACUCGGUGCGGCUGUGCCGGAUCAGUUGGCUUCGUGGUCUGGCCAGCAUGUGUGGGAUUAUACCGGUGGUGGGGAGGAUAUUGAUGUCGAUGGCCAAGAGUCGGCAUCUCAUGGAUCAGUGCAGGAAUUAGGGUUUGGAAAUUGUUUAUUGGGAUGA